AUGUCCUCCCAUGACAACCUGGUAGGGCUUGAAUAUUAUGCCGCCAUGGAGAAUCCACCAAAUGCUUCUUCGUCAGAAAACGCUUCGGUACUCCGUCCAGACUUCCACUGGGGAUUUGCAACAGCUGCUGCCCAAGUCGAAGGAGCAUGGAAUGCCGAUGGCAAGGGCGAGUCCAUCUGGGACAAGUUCUCACGUAUUCCCGGCAAGAUCAUUGAUGGCAGCACCCCUGCCGAUGCAACUCGUGCCUAUGAUCUCUACAAAGGAGAUGUUCAACUACUCAAAAAGUUGGGCGUCAAUUCCUACCGCUUUAGUCUUGCUUGGAGUCGAAUCAUUCCUCUAGGUGGCAAAGACGACCCUGUAAACGAAGCUGGCCUUGGAUACUACAGCAAUCUUGUCGAUGAGCUUCUGGACAACGGCAUCACUCCUUUCGUCACUCUGUUUCACUGGGAUACGCCUCAGGCACUCGAAGAUCGCUAUGGUGGUAUGCUCGACCAAGCUCGUUACACGCAAGACUUUGAACGCUACGCCCGAGUAUGCUUCGCUGCCUUGGGUGAUCGCGUCAAACAUUGGAUCACCUACAACGAGCCUGGCGUCUAUACGCUUGCCGGCUAUGCUGCAGGCGUUCAUGCACCUGGUCGCUCUUCCCUACCCGAUCGCAACGAUCCUGGAGACAGCAGCACCGAGCCUUUCAUUGUUGCUCACACUGAGCUAGUCAGCCAUGCUCACGCAGUAAACAUAUACCGCGAAGAGUUCAAGCCCACCCAANAAGGUGUUAUUGGUAUCACUCUUCAUGGCAACUACAGCGCACCCUGGGACAAGAAUGACCCCAAGGAUGUCGCAGCCGCCGAGCGAGCCCUAGAGUUUGAAAUCGGCUGGUUUGCCGAUCCUGUCUAUGGAUCUGGCGACUACCCAGCUUGCAUGCGAGAGCAACUCGGCGACCGCCUUCCACACUUUACACCCGAAGAGAAGUCACUGGUGCGCGGUUCUUCCGAUUUUUAUGGCAUGAAUAGUUACACCACAUUUNUUGUGCGCCACCGCGAUGAGCCAGCAGACAUCAACGACCACAAAGGCAACAUUACUUCUCACGAUACCAACAAAGCUGGCGUCUCUCGUGGUGCAGAAAGUGCAACUGCAUGGCUACGAAGCAAUCCUGCUGGGUUUCUGGCUUUGCUGCAUUGGAUCUGGGAUCGCUACCACACUCCCAUCUACGUUACUGAAAAUGGCACUACUGCAAAAGGCGAAGAUACUUGGGAUCCUACUGAUGCUCAUUGGCUUGCAAUCCCACUCGACGACACGUUCCGUCAAGACUUCUUUGAGGGAUAUAUUGGUGCUGUAGCUGAAGCGGUUCGCAAUGGUGUAGACAUCAGAAGUUACUUUGCAUGGACGUUCACAGAUAAUUGGGAAUGGGCUGCUGGAUUCAUGGAUCGUUUCGGUAGUCAUUGGGUUGAUUUUGAGAGUCGUGAGAAGACGAGGUAUCCCAAGAAAUCUGCCUCUGAGCUGGGAAGAAUCUUUGAGCAUUUGAUUGGGAGGAAGAAGGGGGAUGGGACUAGGUCACUGGAGUCGCCUGUCUAA